GCAGAGCUUUAGUCCAGACGAGCCUCUCUGUUUCUCUCUAAAGAAACAACUGAAUCCAGCAGCUUCUCAUCAACAACACAACAGGAUCUGUGACAAACUCUGAGCAUCGAUAUGUCUACUGCCAGCUGUCUGCUGACUGAAGAUCGGUUCCUGUGCUCCAUCUGUCUGGAUGUGUUCACUCAUCCAGUCACCACACCAUGUGGACACAACUUCUGUAAAGCCUGCAUCACUGACCACUGGGACGUUAAUGUCCUGCCUAACUGUCCCAACUGUAAAAAGCUCUUCUCCACCAGACCUGAGCUGCAGGUCAACACGUUCAUCUCUGAGAUGGCUGCUCAGUUCAGACUGUCAGCUCAACAGAAAGCCAGCAGCAGCAGCUCAGAGCAACAAGCUGCCCAACCAGGAGAAGUUCCCUGUGACGUCUGCACUGGAACCAAAGUGAAGGCCCUCAAGUCCUGCCUGGUGUGUCUGGUCUCCUACUGUGAGGCUCACCUGGAGCCUCAUCUGACUACGUCAGGUCUGAAGAGACAUCAGCUCAUGGACCCAGUGAAGAACCUGGCAGCCAGGAUGUGUACGAAGCAUGAUAAACUGCUGGAGCUGUUCUGUAAGACCGACCAGAUGUGUGUCUGCAUGUUCUGCACUGUUUUAGACCACAAGAACCAUGAUGUUGUUCCUCUGAGAGAAGAAUAUGAAGGAAAGAAGGCCGAGCUGGGGAAGACUGAGGCUGAAGUCCAGCAGAUGAUCCAGAAGAGACGACUGAAGAUUCAGGAGAUCAAACACUCAGUGAAGCUCAGUGAGGAACAAGCAGAGAGAGAGGUAGCAGAAGGUGUCCUGGUCUUCAGCGCUCUGAAGGAGUCUGUUGAGAGAAGCCAGGUGGAGCUCAUGGACACCAUCAAAGAGAAGCAGAGAAAGACACAGAAAGAGGCUGAAGGCUUCAUCAAAGAGCUGAAACAGGAGAUCUCUGAGCUGAAGAAGAGAAGCACUGAGGUGGAGCAGCUCUCACGCUCUGAAGACCACCUCCACCUCCUCCAGAGCUUCAGGACCCUGAACACUGCUCCACGCACCAAGGACUGGACAGGAGUCAGAGUCAGUCCACCUUCAUAUGAGGGGACUGUGGUGAGAGCUGUGAACCAGCUGGAGAAGAAGCUCCGUAAACAGAAGAAGCUGCUGGAGAAGAAGCUCAGUAAACAGAUGAAGAAGCUGCUGGAGGAGAAGCUGAAGAGAGUCCUGCAGUCUGCAGUGGAUGUGACACUCGAUCCUGAUACAGCAAAUCCUUACCUCAUCCUGUCUGAUGAUGGAAAACAAGUUAAACAUGGAGAUGUAAAGAAGAAUCUACCAGACAAUCCAGAGAGGUUUAAUUUUCAUGUUGUUGUCUUAGGAAAGCAGAGUUUAUCUUCAGGUAGAAUUUACUAUGAGGUUCAGGUUAAAGAGAAGACUGGCUGGUGGUUAGGAGUCGUGAGAAAGUCCAUCAACAGGAAGGGAAUCAUCUCAGCGUCUCCUCAGAAUGGUUACUGGACGAUAUGUUUGAGGAAUGAGAAUGAGUACUCAGCUUGGGCUCGCCCUCCAGUCCGUCUCUCUCUGAAGUCCCGGCCUGAGAAGGUGGGGGUGUUUGUAGAUUAUGAGGAGGGUCUGGUCUCCUUUUAUGACGUUGGUGCUGUAGCUCUGAUCUGCUCCUUUACUGGCUGCUGCUUCACUGAGAAACUCUACCCGUUCUUUAGUCCAAGUCUAAAUUAUAAGGGUAAAAACUCAGCUCCUCUGAUCAUCUCUGCUGUCAAUCACACCGAGUAGAACAAACAUUUGUUUAAAGAGAUUCUUUCAUAGAAAAUUGAACAUCUAUAUUUUUUAUCUUUUCAGUAUGUAUGUGUUUGUUUUUCACCUUUGGGUUUUUAUUCCUCUUAAUUAUUUUUUGUAAAUGUUUGACUUUGAUUUGUCUCGUUUUGACUCCAACACAGAUUUUAAACCACUGAUGGAUGAUCUGAUGUUUUCUGAUUUAUUAUAAUAACUGCAUCAUCUGACUUUAGUCACAAAUAAGAAGAAUUCUUUAAAUCCUUAUCUUGGUCUCAAAUAAUGUUUUAUUUUCUUAUUAUUGUAUAUAAAACACAUUAUGAAUAUUAACACAAAUUACUGGAAAAAGGAAUGUAGAACUUAUUCCUCGGUUUAAAAAAAGUUUCAGGGAUUUUGUUUUUCAUCAUUUUCAGGUGGAGGAUCUCAGUCUGGUUCGUUUUCUGAGGUGAAUUAAAAAACUUUUUUCUUAUUGGUAAAUAAUGAAUAAAAAGAAUCAGCUUCUGUGACCAGAGAACAAACAAAUGUUCUUUUAUUAUUUGAAUUUCUCUUCCUCUCUGCAGACGCCUUUUAACCAACAAAAGUUCAUUUCUGUGAUUAUUUGGGACU